AGAGGGCUUGUUAUCUACAUAUGCUUCUUCAAAGGUGCCGAUGAGGAUCUUGUUCCAAAAAUUGUCAAUAUGCUGUUGAAUGCUAAAUUGAGUGAAAAUGAAAGUGGCGAGUACGUUUCUGUCCUUGAUUUACCAGGCGAUGUGCUGAUCAUACCACAAGCUACCCUAGGUGGCAAACUGAAGGGAAGGAAGAUGCAGUACCAUGCAAACAUUGAAAAAGAAAAAGGGCUGGAACUUUAUUCUCAGUUUGUGACUUUGUGUGAAAAAGAACUGGCUGCCAGUGCCAAAUGUGUGGAAGCCGGUGUUCUUGUCAAGCACGGCACAUAUGGAAACAGGCAGGUGCUAAAACUGGAUACAAAUGGACCUUACACUCAUUUGAUUGAAUUCUGAAAAAAAAUAUAAAUAUAUAUCC